AUGGUUAGCAAAUUUACCGACAAAGAUUUAGAAACUUUGGAAGCCGAAGCCGAAUUAAAAAUUUAUCGCCACUUUCAGAGCAGUAAUCCCCAAUUAGGUUUACCUGUUUUAAACCAACAAGAAGAAAAGAAUUUUCGCUUAGCUGUUUUUCAGGCUAUUCUCGCGGAAAGCGAAAUUGACCGCUACCAAUUAGUUUGUAAUAAUUUAGAACCUUUUUUUAGUGGUCGCCAGGACUAUGCUGGACCACAGGAAAAAAUGGCCUACAAGAAUUUUCAAUAUUACAAGGAACUAUCCAGCGAGGCCAUGAAAUACUUUGCUGACCACUUUGCCCGCAGCGAUUAUUUUGGUCUCAAUUAUCCGGAUAUUAGCCCCGCCGAAAGAAUGUCAGAUAGCGGUGUAUUAAGUGACCACCCAACCCACGAAAAAUAUAGCCCCCGCUUAGACGCCUUAAAGGUUUAUCUCCAAACUAUCUACGAAUUACGAGUUAAAGUCCAAUUAUUAGAUAUCUUAAUUCGCCAGCAUCAUACGGGUGGCACUAAUCCCAAUGUCAGCAUGGGCGAGCACUUAUUUCAGAAAAUGUUCGGUUCCGCUAAUCCCACCGCUCCCACUUCCCAACAAGAUUUUAACGCCAUCCAAAAUGAAAUCCUUGACCAACCGGAGGAGCCACCCCAGGACCAGAAGGAGCAAAAGGAUAAAAAAAGGGAUAAAUCACCCUCGCGACAAGCAGCGGAGGAUAAAUUGAAUGGGAAAGAAACUCCACCUCCUAAGCAUACCGAGUUUAACUCCUCGGAUUUCAAUGAUACCCUCAACGCCUUAUCCGGUGCCUUAGAUAAAGACAGUAAAGAACAAGGCCACGACCAACCCUUUACUCCAUCUCCUGGUUUAGGUAUGCCAUUAGGUUCUAUUACGAAAGAGGAAGCAGCUAAGUUGCCGUGGUUGGCGAUAAACUAUAACAUUGAUUAUGAAACUUCUCCUUUUCAAGGUUAUGAACGAUUAGUUAAAGAUGAGGAACCACCUUCAACAGAGAGAGAGAGAGAACAAUUAUUAAUUGGUGGUAAACGACAAGACGACCAAAGGACCAUGAAGUUUACUCGUUGGAUGCAAACUUAUGAUAAAGCCUUUGAUUUGGACGACACUAGCCAUUUGAUAGGAAAAUUGAAAGAAAAAGGAUUAUUUGGUGGUUUUAAACCAAUGGGACUUGAAAUCAAUGAUAAAUUUAUUAACAGUAAAACCCUUGCUAACAAUGUCAAAACCCUGGCCCAACUAGUCGGUCAACUAAAAGGCACCUUAGUCCGGAUUGGUCCUGACGCCUUAGAACUCAUUGACAGUCAAGAUAAAGACCAAAAAGGCCGUUCGCAGGAUGAAACUCCCGAAAGCAGAGAUAAAAAUAGAAAAGAACCCACCGACCAAGAUUUAAAAGAUAUGGGCUUAACUCGCGAAGAAUUUGACCUUCUAAAUACUGCCUUCACUGACCCCGCUCAUAUCGCCAACAUCAUCAAAAAACUUGCUGCUUCUAAUAAACCCGAAAAAGUUGCGGAAAUGCUAAACCGAAUGUUCGAACAUCUCCAAGAAAAAACCCGGGAGGCCAUGUUUAACCAAAUGGUCGACAAUAACCCGGAAAAAGAUAAAAUUUUCGAAGAACAAGUUAAUAAAAACCCUCGCUAUGGUCCCCCCGGUGAAGACACCCAAGAACGACGCGACCGCUUUGAAGAAUACGAGAAGGCUGACGACAGCCAAAAAGAAAACAUGCAAAACGAAGAAAACGAACGCUUUACCACGGAUAAUGCCAACCGAGAAGCGGGAGCUGGCGACGAAAGCGUGGGCACCGAAACUGACAACAAUUUUAGCGGUCAAUUCUCCUUUGCUGAUAGUCUCCAAGCCAUCAACAAAUUAAAAAAUAUCGGGAACUUUAAACCCGAAGGCAUGGAGGAAGGCAUGAAAUCUAACCAACCUUAUUGA